AUGAACGCGCUUGUCCAGUCCGCCCUGACCGACGUCGAAUCCAAACUCAAUGCCCUAUUGACUAGUCUCACAACAUCUCCCACUGCAGCAGGAGCUCCGGCCGCUGCGGUCGCCCUCCUCGAAGCGGACGAUGCGCUGACCUCCGUCAUUGAGACCCUGCGCCAGCACCAAGAAAACCAUACAAAGAUUCUUCGAUUACGCGCCGAGGCGCAGCAGCUAGAGGACCGAGUCCAAGGCAUCGUGAGAGACAUCGAAGGGUUCGACAAAGAUAUUCGAACAGCUUGUGGAAACGACAGCGACAGCGACUUCGACUCUGACGAUGACGAUGAGCUCGGGGGCAAAAAUUCGGUGCUACGAGGAAUCGAAGAGAUCGACUACAAACUACUACUGAAUUUCGCACGUCGGAUCAGCAAAUACAAUCACGAAGCAGCAGCCGAUGCCGCAGCGGGCGCGGCUGUGAAACGACAGGGGCCCGCGAUCGCCGAGAAAGACGUAACAAUGACGGGCACGAAUGGGGAAGCGCAAACCGAAGAAGACACAGAGCCCGUGGCGUCCGUCACCAAAAACGCAACCCAAUGGCUGGACGAGUCCGCAAACGUCACACGCGAGGUUUACAUGCUGCCAUACCCGAUGGAGGAACGGAUACGGAUGGGAUUGAUGGGUCAAAUCCAGCUCGCCGCUGGCGAUGACUCCGAAAAAGAGGUGGAACGGUUGCUACGAGAAGCUGAAGGCCUCGGGGUUGCAGAGCCACCAGCACCGGUGGAACCCGCGGAAAGCACAAAGCAAGCGGGUGAGGCUGCGAAGGCAGCUGCCCAUGCCGGAUCAGCAGCUACUGGAAUGCCGCGGGCGCAUGCUCCGGCUCCAGCGCCCAAGCCGAAGCCUAAGGCGAUGCUGGACCUGGAUCUGUACGAUCCUGACGACGAUGACGAUUGA